AUUGUGAACUAUUCAUCACAAAAAGCCUUGCUUUCAUCAGCAUUGUGCUUUGAAGUCAUCUAUUUGAAACCUGACUUUGAAAAGGCACUGUUGAAGCAGACUGAUCCAAUAUGAACGGUCAACUUUGUUUAUUUGUUUCUCUGCCACUUCUUGUUUGUUCUUCAUUGCUUGUAGCUCCAGCGGGUCCCUAUUGGAUCACAUUUGACGCUUUUGAGAGAUGCUCCCGAGAAGGUUCGAGAGAAAUGAUCAUCGAUCUACACUUGAGAAAAAUGAACCGAACUACCGUUAUUCUCUACGGAAAUUUCUCCUUCAAAAGAGACUUUGAUGAAAACAUAAAGAUGCGUGUUGAAACCGAGAGUUGGGGGAAUGGAGGCUGGCGUUCCAAUCUCUAUAAUUUUGACAUCAAUGGGAAUAUUUGUAAGGCUUUAUCCAACAUUUUUGGUACAAGAAGAUUAGAUAAUUUUAUAGCCAAAGCCGGAUUUCCCAUCAACAGAACCAACUGUCACAUACCUGCUAACAACUAUCUAGUGGACGACGUUGUUGUAUCAAACAGUUUCUUGGAACCAUUUCAAAUUCUAAUUUACGGUAAAUACCGCAUUACAGACUCCCUGUUCUCUGCUAAGAAUAAGUUACUAGGCUGCGUAAGGGUGGUCCUGAAAAUAAUAAGGCGAUAUUAGUAAAACCAUAGACUAAGAAACCAGAUUAGAUCCAGCAAACUGUAUCAGAUACAGUAACUGUGAAGAUCAGAACAGGUUAGAUUUAGUAACUGUCACCAGUGGCGUCUCGUGUUAAGGUUGCACGGUUGCAUAACCACCUUCAUUUUGAUUAUAAUCAAUGGAUUAUUUUUUAGGAAUAAAUUAAGUGACUGAAUUCAUAAAUGAGCUCUUUUAUCAUCUCAAUUACUGAUAUAAGCUUCACAAUUUCAUCAUAAUCCUAUAAUAAGAGCAGCAAACUGUAGAACGUGAACACAGUUCACGCGAAAUCAAACGCUGUGGUAGAACUGAACAGUGAAUAUAGCAUUGGAGGUUGCAAUCCUCCUGCAACCAAACUCAUGCACGCGCACUACUACUAUGUAUAUUAGUAGUGUGAUAUAUUUUUCUACUCGAGCCCAUAAAACCAAUGUGGUGGCAAUUUUUCUGCAACUAUCCGCUUGAGGCGCUAGCAGUCCAUACCAGUCUAGAUGUGAAAUUACCCCGUACCAGAUUCUGAUGAAUGUGAAAGUCUGCUAUCUGCUCU